CUCGGCUGGUAACAGGAUGAGAUAAUGUGGCCUGCCAUGUUAUUGAGCCAUCUCAUCAGCUUUCUUUUACCAUAUUAUAAAUAUAAAAAUCCUAUUCCAUCACUAUUAUAACUGUAUUAUGUUAGUGACGUCAUUCAAGACUGGUACACACAUGAUUAAGCCGUCUUAUCAGCUUUCCUCUCUCCCCAUGAAAAAUACAAAAAUUCAAUUAUGUAUUUUGAUGGAGUCAUCUUUUUGUGAAUUGUAUUGAUAUAUGAAUGAAGUUUUACAAUGAGGCAAGCAAAUAGUACGAUUCCCGUACAAAGACUCAAACCAGCCUUUGUCGCGUGAUAUUGGUUACAAUCUUUUGCGGCGAAAGAUUUUUUACUACAAUGAACCAUGCGAAAAUGAAUUCAACAAGUCAGAAUCAAUGCUAUGAAGAGCAUCAGCAGCAAGGAUGCCCAGAAAAUUACUAUAUUUACCAGAAUCUAACUUGUUGCGAAUGCCCACAAGACCUGAUUUCACUCAAUAUUAGCGACAUGUACUGUUAUGAAAAGGAAAAAGCUAAAUUCAUAAAUCGAAAACUCCAAGCUGGACCCAGAGAAUAUGAAGGUUCAGUGCAAAGUGAAUACCAAGAUGGUCUCACCUUUUUAAUCAUUCUCGUCUCUGCCAUUUUCAUCUUGUAUGGAUUCUUCAACUAUUUCUUGCCUCGUGGAAGACAUGCCAUGAUUCGGAUUUGUCAUUGUUUCACGAUAUUUCGAAAGCUGUGGAGAAUGUGCAUUCACCACCCUGUUGACGAUUCAAUACCAUGACAUUCGUAGUUGCAAACG